CCAAAACUGCCUCAGUCCGUUAUCUGGUGCCGUCCCUCCUCCUUUCUUCCCACCCGAUGCCCCCAGGACGGACGGUGUGCCUCCACUUCUUCCACCGCCUCGACUAUCCAAACGCCGCCACUUUUUUAACCCGCAUAGCUACUAACCCCAGUUAGUCUAACCCUGUUAUCCUGACCUUACCAUGGUUAUCCCACCAGUUUAUAUUCUACCCUCCAUCCCAAGGCCUUCCAGUGUCCAAACCAGAGUGGACACAGAGAGAGGGUAGGGGAGAGAGAAGAGGGAGGGAGGGAGAAGGGGCAGGUUAGGAAAAUCAUGAUGAUGAUGAUGGUGGGAGAAAGGAGCCAUCACAAUCCGACGGUCCACGUGCCGCCGUGGACCCCUUUCGACGAUCCGGCACCGGGUGUGGCGUACAGCCUCCCUGUGAGCGGCGUCGCCGUCGCCGGCGGCGGGGACUGCUCCCCAUACCCGCUGGGCGAGCCCUCGCUGGCUGCGCUGCAACGAUUCCUUCCUUGCAAUGAGAUCUAUGCGGCAGGGGAGGAUACCGACGAGUCGGAGCCGGCGGACGCGCCGGUGGAUGCCUACUCUUGUGACGAGUUCCGGAUGUAUGAGUUUAAGGUACGGCGGUGCGCUCGGGGGCGGUCCCACGACUGGACGGAAUGUCCGUACGCCCACCCGGGCGAGAAGGCUCGCCGAAGAGACCCCCGGAAGUAUCAUUACUCUGGGACGGCCUGUCCAGACUUCCGGAAGGGCAACUGCAAGCGGGGUGACGCCUGCGAGUUCGCCCACGGGGUGUUCGAGUGUUGGCUCCACCCGGCCAGGUACCGCACCCAGCCUUGCAAGGACGGCACCGCCUGUCGUCGUCGCGUCUGCUUUUUCGCCCACACGCCGGAGCAGCUCCGCGUGCUUCCCCAGCAACAGCAGCAACAGCAGCUGCAGCAAAGUCCGAGGACUCUGGCGGCCACGGACUCCUACGAUGGGUCCCCGCUCCGCCACCAGCAUACCUUGGAGGGAUAUUUUUCAAAGAAUCUGAUGUCGUCCUCGCCGACGUCGACGCUGAUCUCUCCACCGAUAUCCCCGCCGUCGGAGUCGCCCCCGAUGUCUCCAAGAGGUGUGCCAGCGGUGCGGCGGGCAUCCUGGCCUAUGAACGAGCUGCUGACUUCGCUGAGGCACUUGCAGUUGAGCAAGGUGAACGCUGCUCCGAGUUCUUGGGGUUAUGGAAUGAGUGGCGGUGCGGGGUUCGUGUCGCCGAGGAGUGGGGCGGGGUUCGGUGUGGGGUUCUGUAGCUUGCCUUCGACGCCGACGAGGGCGGCGCUGGUUGGCGGGGGCGCUGGGUUUGUUGAUGAAGAGGAGCCGGUCGAGAGGGUGGAGUCUGGGAGGGCGCUGAGGGCCAAAAUGUUCGAGAGGCUCAGUAAGGAAAGCAUUUUGGGGAAGGCGGAAGUCGCCCCUCUGGCCGCGCAGGCGCCGGAUGUCGGUUGGGUUUCUGAGUUAGUGAAGUAAUGGGGAAGUUCACGAAAAAAGAACCAAAAAAAAAAAAACUGAAGGAAAGAACAAGGAGUUUUUUCGGGGAUUUGGUUGCUCUUAUUUCUUUUUGGAUUAUUGUCAAUAUUUAAGUUUAAAAAAAAUGUAAAUAUUAAGCAGGGAUUCUGUAAAUAUAGCGGGCGGAAAUGGGUAGGGAUCGAGGGUGGUUCUGUUUUGGGGCUGACGGUGGUGAAGCAAGGAGGUUGACAAAGAUUGAAGGUUCGGAUCAAGAUGGCUUUCUUUUGUACAGAGAAGCUGCCGAAGAGGCGAAGAUGGAUACGGCAAUGCCGUUAUUCCGAUUUAUUCCAAGAAUAUCUGUGUUAUUGUCUCCUUAAAUCGCCAUUUUGGUUAUGUUGUGCAUCUAUUAGAUGUGUCUGAUUCUACUUUGAAUUUGUAAUUAUGUUCAUAUCCUAUGUUACUCUGGAUCUCGUUGUAAUAUAUAUUUGUGCUGUCUAUUCCUUU